AUGCGGCCUCUUUGGACCGUCCAUGGAUGGGGUAUCACGGUAACUGCUCAGCCGAUGCUGACGCGCCCUGUAAUGGCAGGUGUCUUCAGAUUUGAACCGAUCCAGGCUCAAAUCAUUGACAUCCUCCAACAGGAAGGACUGCCGCUCCUCCGGGCGUCGAUUGCCAACCACAGCGCCGUCAAAGUAGAGGUUAUCAAACAUCAAAUAGGGAUGAAGUACACUGCUAUUUCGCACAUCUGGUCAGACGGACUCGGUAAUGAGGACCAAUAUUGGCUGCUGGAGCUCCAAUUCAAGCAACUUGUCAAGGCUGUCAAUGCUGCAAAGGGAGGGCGCAGAACUACCAGAGUUCCCUCAGCGCGUCAUCUUCGCCCCGGGGCCGAGAUUCCGACAAAAAGGGUUCCGAUGGCUUGUGUGUUCUUUCUUGGACAUGGUUAA